AUGAACUCUUAAAAAUAGAACUUUUGUGGUAAUUCUGCAAAUUAUGACCCUUUUUGGAUUAAAUCUCCUUAAAACAAUGUUAUUAUAUAGCAAGAAGAGUUUUUUAUAGUUUUAAGAUAAAAUAAUCUGAAAAUGAAGAAACUAAAAAUUGCUGAACAUUUGAUAAUUUAUUCAAAAACAGUAAACAUAUUUCUAAUACAAGAAAUCCAUUAAUUGCUUAAAUUGCUAACUUGAAAAAGUCAAAAAUUCCUUAGUAAUUUAAUAAGGUUUAAAAAUUAGCAAAUAAGGAAAAUACCUUGAAAUAUUUGGAGAAAUAGAUUAAUUAUAUGAUCAUUUAAAGAAAUACUGUGUAUAAGUAAAUUUUUUACAGAUCUAUAAAUUAUGUUCUGUCAAUGUUGAAAAAGAAAAAAAAAAAGUUAUAAUAUAUUAAAAAUUUAGAUUUAUAAGAUCCGCCAUCGAGUAACCAAUGAGGAAAAAAUAGCAAAGGUUUAUGAAUUAGAUGGAGGAGAUAUGUAAUAGAUAAAUAAAGAAAUAUAGAUUUUAAGAUUAUUAAAGCAUAAAAAUAUUGUACAAAUGGAAGAAUUGUUUUAAGAAGACAAUCGUCUAAUUUUAGUUUUUGAUAAUCUUGAAGGAGGUGAAUUUGCUAAAUUAUUAAAUUAAAAUAAAUUUUGUGAGGACAAUAUUCGAAUAAUAAUUAAACAAAUAUUAUAAGGCAUAGUCUAUUUACAUGAUUUGGGCAUAUUCCAUAGAGAUCUAAAACCAGAAAAUAUUUUGUUUAAAAAUUAAGAUUAAAUUGAAUAAUUAUAAAUAAUUGAUUUUGCUCUUGCUGACUUUUAUUGUAAUGAUCAUAAAUAUCUUUUUACACGAUGUGGAACACCAGGAUAUGUAGCCCCAGAAAUACUUUAAGAUAAAAAAUAUACUUUGAAUGUAGAUGUUUUUAGUAUUGGAGUUAUAUUAUAUAUGUUAUUAACACAAAAGAAUCCAUUUAUAAAAGAACAAUAUAAUUAUGAAUAAAUAAUUACUGCUAAUUAUGAUGGUCACAUAGAUUAUUCUGAAGUCAAAUGUUCUACAGAAUGUCUUGAUUUAUUAAAGAAAUGUUUGAAAGUUGAUCAACAUAAAAGAAUAUCAGCAAGAGAUGCAUUAAAUCAUCCUUUUAUAUUAGGAACCUUCUAAACAGAAUAAUUAUAAUUUAGAAUAAAAACCUAAGUUUAACUUUAAAAAUAAUAAUCUAAUGGAUCUCUUCGUAAAAUUAUACCUAUUGGAACCAUAGAUAGUCCAAGAUUUUCUUAAAAAUAGAGUAUUAAAUCACUUCAUUCCGAGAGCCCAAUAGAUACUACAUCAGAUAGUCCAGGAACACCAAAAUCAGCUAGAACUGAAAAUAGAUUUGCUAAUUUAAAAUUCUCAAAAACACAUUAAUGGAAUUCAUUUCGUGUAUCAAAAUUUAAAAAAUGA